AAUGGUUUGUAGAGGAUGCAUAAUUUUGGUUCACGAAAGUUCGUGGUGGCUGGGAUAGAAGCAGUGGGGUGUUGUCCCUCACAGAGGAAUCAGAACAAAACUAGUGAAGAAUGCAAUGAAGAAGCUAAUUACUGGUCAGUUAAGUACAAUGAAGGCCUUAAGUCAAUGUUGCAAGGACUCAAAUUGGAGCUCAAUGACAUGGACUACUCCUUUGUUGACACCUACACUAUCUUUUCUAGCUUCAUUCAGUCACCCUCCACCUAUGGUUUUACUGAGGUUAAAUCAGCUUGUUGUGGGUUGGGGAACCUGAGAGCCCAAGUUCCAUGCGUGCCCGUUGCCAAGUACUGCUCCAACAGAAGUGAUCAUGUCUUCUGGGAUCUCUACCAUCCCACUGAAGCAGCAGCUCACCUCUUUUUCAACGCCGUUUUUGACGGUUUGCAACAGUUUGCAAUGCCUAUGAAUGUGAACCAGCUAAUCACUGCAUAAACCGUGGUGUAAACAAGUGUUAGGGCUGUCCUUGAUGCCCUUAAACAUAGAAAGGAAUACAAAAUACAUAGAACACAGGGGAUAAAGAAGAUGGGAUUGUUAACCAAUUAC